CCAAACGGCGCCCACUCUUUUUCUCCAUCAGAUAGAGCAGAAUCUGUAACUGGAAACGGUGAUUUGGAUUACGUGUGUCUUCUCACAUCUGACUCAAAAGCCCCUGAAAACCAUACACCAGACUCCGGACAAGACCCCAGAUAUUAAGAUGCACAGAAUGACUAUGUCGCAUCAGUGUCGUUAUUUUCUUUUUCUGUGUCUCUUUGCGUUGCACAGCUGUAAUGACAGGAUGCAGGGCUGUGUGGACAAACAGAGGGUAAUGGGCGUUUUACGUCAAAUGGAGAAGUUUCUAAAGGGACAGGAGAUCCGAUUCACAGAGGGCCUUCGAAUUAUGAAGUCCAAGCUCACCAGCCUUCAGAACUCUGUUUCCAAGUUUCCACAAGCAGACCAGUCUUCAUCAGCUUCCUCUUGUCCUGAUCUUGAAGCUCCAGCUCAUGGGAGGAAGUUUGGCUCCAAGUACCUAGUGGGACAUGAGGUCCACUUCAUGUGUUUUCCAGGAUAUGAGCUGGUGGGGCCAGGAACACGCAUGUGCCAGGAGAAUGGCAGCUGGAGUGGGAUCAGUGCAGUCUGUAAAGUAUACACAGAUGGGAGUCUGUGUGCCAGCAACCCCUGCCUGAAUGGUGGCACCUGUGUGGAAGGAGUCAGCAAGUACAAGUGUACCUGUCUUCACAACUGGAGCGGGAAUCACUGCCAGCACCAAACUCAGACAGCUCCCCCAGAAUGGAGCAUCGUAGAUGACCCAGCAUUCAGUCGCAAGCCUCGCUGUGCCAAAGUGGACCGAGCACAGCACUGCAGCUGUGAUGCCGGCUUCCACAUGAGCGGCACAUCUGACAGCAGCAUCUGCCAGGAUGUAAACGAGUGUGAGGUGUACAAAGCAGAUGGCAGUGGUCUACUGUGUGCCCACACAUGUGUGAACAUUCCAGGCUCCUACCGUUGUGCAUGCCCUAGCGGCUAUAAGGUGCUGGCAGAUGGCAGAAGCUGUGAGGAUGUGGAUGAGUGUCUUGCGCAACAGCACAACUGCAGCCACCGCACCACCUGUGUCAACACCGGGGGAGGCUUCCAGUGUGUGAACCCUGAGUGCCCGCGCUCCCAUGCAAACAUCAGCUAUGUCAAGACCUCGCCUCUCCAGUGUGAGAGGAACCCCUGCCCCAUGGACAGUCGCUCCUGUCCUCUGGCACCAAAAACCAUCUCCUACCACUAUCUCUCACUACCUUCAAAUCUCCGAACUCCAGCCACGCUCUUCCGCAUGGCCACAGCAGCCGCACCAGGCCGACCCAGCCCUGACAGCCUGCGAUUCGGCAUUGCAGGAGGGGGAGAUGCCCGUGGCCUGUUUGUCAUGCAGCGCUUGGACCGGCAGACUGGGGAACUGAUCCUGGUUCUACCACUGGUUGGACCACAGGAGCUCAGCGUGGAUGUAGACAUGACUGAGUAUUCGGACCGUAUCUUCCAAGCCAAACACCUGGCCAGGGUCCAUGUACUUGUCUCCCCACAUGAGUUCUAAAGUGGAGAGAUUGCAUGCACAAGCUGUUGAUUUCCCUUGCUGUUUUAUUGGCUGUUCAAGAAUUCAGCAUGUUAAUGAAAUAUUUUACCCAAAACACUACUAUGACUAGCAACAACUGAAAGCAAGUGGGGACAAGAUGUUUUAUUUGCACAAUGCUUGCCUCAGGAGUUUUCAUUUAUUAGACACCACACUACUAUGCUUAGAUGUAAUACUUAAUCAAGAUUUUCAGUAAUGUAUGACUCUUUUUAGCACUUAGCAUUAUAAAUGAGCUACGCUGGUCCUAGAAUAGUUGUAUAGGUUUUACCAAGCUUUGAGUAACUUUGUAUUAAGGUUGAUGUGUCCACACAAGGGGGAGACCAGGGAAGGGGAAUAUAAGUAUAAAGUGAGUGAGUCAAUGAAACGUAAGUGAAUGACUACAUACACAUAUCUAGGUAUACAGAUGGAUAUAAUUAUAAAACAUUGCUUGCUUGUUUCUAUACUUUGUUUUUUUAUCAGAUAACAUUUGAUGCUUUGGAAAAAUAACCAUAAUCACAACACUUGAAUGAGCACUGAUAUCUUUAAAAACCAAGUGAAAGCACUUCUUGGCUUCUUUUUUAAUCAGUCUGUGUAUCAGAUUGUGGGUUAUAUUUACGUUGCUUUAACAACAUUGUUUUUAUUAGACAACGCUGACACCUUGAUCAUAGAUGUUUUGUAAAAAACACAAAUUACAUAAAACAGUCCAACAUUAGCCUACUCCAGGGAGGGACCUGUAGCAGUCCACAUUUUUGCCCUAUGCCAGUUCCCAACACAUGAACUAGCUCAUCAAGACCUCUGACAGCUGGUAUGAUUGUGCUGAGAGUUGGGACAAAGCAAAAAUGUGCGCAGUG